AUGUGGAAUUUUCAAAGGAGGGGAAUUAUUCGAGUUUUGAAAUUUGAACGUGUAGUAGGGUAUUUGGGGGAGGGGAAUUAUUUUUUCAACUCAUCCCUGGCAUGGGGAAUUAAUAGAGGGUGGGGAAUUAUUCGAGGGAGGGGAAUUAAUCGAGUAAAUACGGGUAUUUGGGGUGGGGAAUUAUUGUUUCAAUCCAACUCUAGCAUGGGGAAUUAA